AACCGCCUGUUACUAGUGUGAAAUUGCAUAAUCUGGUCAUAGCUGCGAGUUACUUUUCUCUCCAAGAAUAUUGGGAAGUUCCUGAUGAAAUUGGACUUAUCACAUCAUUUUUAGAUCCACGAAUAAAGAAUUUGAAGUUUAUUGAUUAUGAGAAUAUAAGAAUAACUACAAUCAGCACAGUGCGAAGGCUUUGUUCAGAGGAAGAACAUCGCCAACCUUUGAUUGAAGAAAUUUCAAGAAAUGAUAGUGUUGCUGAACCUUUUAAUGUUUCAAUUUCUAAUAACUUAAUGGCAGAUUUGUAUAAUAAUGAAGACUCAGGCACUAUAAGUGAAGAGAGUGAG